AUGCCUCCCAAGCUUAUGACGAAGGCGACUGCAGAUGUUACGUUCCCGGAUGACCUCCUUACGGACCCGAUUAUUACGCUGGUACCUGCUGGGGAAGACACUGGAACGAAAGGGUCGGCUGAUACGGUUAACAUGACCACCUCCAUGGCAACGGACAAUGUCGCUGCAAAGGAGAAGGCCAAGGUUACUGGUGAUACUGCUGUGGAGGUCAUGGACAAUGUCGCUGGAAGUUCUGGUCUGACAGUGGAAGAGAAGAGUCAGGCGAAUCAGGCGUACCAGGCUCCUUUGGCAGCAAUUGAUGACUUCCUGGAGGACGACUCGGACGAAGAGCUGGAUAUCGACAUUGCAAAAGAGGAUGCUUUCCGUCUUCGUUUUACCACAAUCUUACUUAUCCCGAUGGUGCUGUCUCAGGAGACUAAAGCUCUUAUUGCAGCCGUCCGCCUCCAGAUGACGAAGUCCCACGUCUUCGAAUACCAGAAGUCCAAUGCUCCAGCGAUUAAAUGCAUCUAG